AUGGGCUUGACGGGCCUUCCACACAAUGUUCACCUCGAAAUUGUCAGGCAUCUAGACCUGCCUGACAAGCUACGGCUGGCGUACUCGUGCGCUCUCUUGUACAAGACUGUUGUCCCCCAGAUAUACUCCCGACUUCUAUAUUUGAGCAACGACGCAGUGUGUCCCAAGAACUUCGACGUCGAGCUGAUCUCAGACCAGUACACUAUCAUCGGGAAACAUCGGCUGGCCAAGUUGCUAAGUGCGCUGUCUCAGACCUCGUGCUUGAACUUCCAGUACGCCGACCUGGUCAUCGAGCUUUUGUUGCAGGAUGCUGAGUCCGAAAGUAAGACCCUUAUAGAAUGGAGAGAUCACUGCCCCCAGUUUCCCAACCUUGUCCGGUACAAGUUUCCUGAGACUCUGACGAUAUCUCCUCUGAGCCAUCUCCAGGCCCCUAAUCUCGAGACCCUAAGGGUGGACGUGAAUUUUUGUCGGGAGACAGAAAAAUACAACGGCAUGGUCAGCUUCGUCAACCUCGUACAGCUGCGACGGCUGGUUUUCGCAGGAAAGCUCGGACCAAACGAGGACAUGGUGAUCUUCAAGCUGUUGACAACGUAUCCGCAUGCCAUGAAACGUCUCACCGAGCUGCGGUUCGAGGUGGACUCCGAGUCCGGCGACCGCGCGUACCGGCGGGUGGUCGGGGUAAUGGCGAUUUGGCGCAAGAUCGGCUUGCUGCUCAACAACCUGACCAAGCUCGCGCUCCCGCUUACCAAUCACUCGACAGCAGUCAUUCUAAACCUUAUCAGCAAGCACGUGCACUUGGAGCACCUGACCAGCUUGGAGCUGUUUAUAGAGGACGACGGCGGGGUGCUAAAUCUUAUCAACACAACGCAGCAUUUGGCGUCGCUACUCAGGUCCAAAAGCCAAAAUCUACGUGAACUUUCUAUCCAUUAUAAAUUAGCCAAGCCGGACAGCGAGAAAAAUCACCUGCGCUCGAUAAUGCUUCUGAAGCUCACCGAAACGUUCAAGAAUCUGCGCAAACUGGCGAUCGACCUCAAAAUCGAGGGCCUCGACCUUUCCAACCUGCUGAUGAUGGUGGGGACGCCGCUGUCGAACAACACCUCGUCGCUUAGAGACUUCCGGCUCAACAUCGACACCCCUUCGGAAAACCUUGUUGGCAACUUGCUUAACAAUCUGGACGACGUCCAGGACCUGUUCCCGCAACUUAACUACGUCUACGACUGCUCUUGCGAAAAUUGCAGGCGCAUCUGUGACAAAAUGACACAUCUCCCGCCAGCUAUUGUGAAAGAAGCCAUCAGAGUGUCGACGAUGAUGAUCAUCGGAAACGAACUAGACUAUUUUCAGCGCCAGACAGACACUUCCAAACCGUUUGCACGUUUUUUCCGCUCGGACUUGGGGGCCAACGGGUACCUAUUUGACCACUUUGCUGGUAGCCAGCUCAACUCGUCACUGAAAGUUUUUCCAAAUCUCAAAAUCUUCGAGGUUUGCGGCCUUAUUUACCACAGAUACGGUACUGAGUUUAGGCUGUUGUUUGGAAAUCCCUACACAGGGCUCAGCAGGGAAUCUGAGUCGUCAGUGGUUGAAAUGGGGCUGGUGCUGUCCGGCACUCUGUAG